UUCCAAAUUCCAAUUCUUGGCUGUUCUCUCAAGUUUUCACAUUCUCACACUUUUGACUUUACAUUCAGAAAGGGUUAGUUUGUUGGAGUUGAAAACUGAGUAACUAUGGCAGCAAGCGGGAUUCUUGUGGUAGCAUCACUUCUUCUUUGCUGUUUAGCUGGAACUUGUUAUGGGAAUGUUCUCUUCUCUUCCUUGAAAAGAACCAUUGAUGUCACUGUUUCCUCCAAGCAGGGACAAGUUCUGGUAGCUGGAUUCGAUAAAAUCACCGUGACAUGGGCUCUGAACAAGACCUUACCAGCUGGGACCGACUCUGCCUACAAAACCAUAAAGGCGAAGCUAUGCUACGCGCCCAUCAGCCAACAGGACCGCGCUUGGAGAAAGACCGUCGACAACCUCUCCAGGGACAAGACCUGUCAGCACAUGGUCGUAGCCAGACCUUACGAUGCUUCCAACAAAACGUUGCAUAGCUUCGAGUGGUUGAUUGAGCGAGACGUGCCCACAGCCACGUACUUUGUACGCGCUUACGCACUUGAUUCCAACGCCGUGGAAGUGGGUUACGGCCAAACCACGGAUGCCAAGAAGACCACCAACUUGUUUGAGAUCCAGGCAAUCAGUGGACGCCACGCGUCCCUUGAUAUCUGCUCCAUUUGCUUCAGUGCUUUCUCGGUGUUGUCCCUGUUUAUGUUCUUCUUUAUUGAGAAGAGAAAGUCAAAGGCUUCUAAGUGAUUUGAGUGACGCAGGAGGCCAACAUGAAAUAAAUUCAUGGCAAAGUUUACUGGUUUACGAAUGGUUUAUUCCAUAGUUAUAAAUAAAUCACAAUGGUCCUAUUUU